GCGCGACGAUCGCAAAAAACCAAAACCGAGUUUACAACAACGAUGAGUGCGUGCCGCGAUCGCGUAAAUGCCGCCCCCGUCCGCUCUGACGCCGCCGACUCUGCCAACGCAGCUGCCUCUGCCUCUGCCUCUGCCGCUCUAGCGGCUGCUGCUACUACUAACAUGGCAAAGAUAACAGCGACGCUAAAGUCUACGUCAACAGCAGCAGCAACAGCAGCAGCAGUCAACGACAAUGAAAAUAAAUUCAAGCUGGCAGAGCAAAUGGAUUUUAGUUAUCAGAGAACAGCGAAACAGACAAGCCCGACGACUAGCAGACAAAGAGGAGACGCCGAGGAGAAGAGAAAACUGCAGCUACAACAACUGCAACGGCAAAGGCGGCAAUUGCGCAAAGACUUCUUUAAGGAUAUUUAUCGCGAAGAAGACGAAGAAGAGACACAACCUGAAGAGAAUCAUCGUACAGAGAAAAUCAAACCGAAGAGAGAGAGAAAGCACUCGAAACCGGAACAGAAUAUUAAAGAAUUGAUAAAUAAAUUUCAAGCCAUGAUUGUUAAGGAGAAACAACAACAGGAAAUGUCGGCGAAGGAGCAAAAAAUUGAGACAACCAAAUUGGAAGAGAAACGCAUUAUGACAGCGGAUGAGGGAAUGCCAUUGAGUGGCCUGAGUCCCUAUAGCAGCGACAAUGAGGAGGCCAUAACCGGCACAGGGCAAAGACGUAACAACAACAACAACAAACCAAAAGUAACACGCUGCUCCAGCAGCGAUUCAGCCCUGGGCCUGGAAGUCGAUGAUGCCGCCAUGGAGGUGACUCCACCACCACCCACACAGCGUCGCAUGACACUGACAGUGACAGACUUACCAUUACGACCAGCUCUACUGCCAUUGGCCGAACCCACCGCAUUGCCAGACUCACCAUUGACAUCACCCACCAGCACCACACAAGCAGCGGCCGGUAUACCCACCAAAGUGUUGCUGGAGGAACGCAUGGUCCCAGCACCAGUUACCGGAGGAUCGUCCUCACGUCGCGAAUCCACACAAAGCUGCCUCAGCGAUUUGGGUGGCCUGGCUGGGGUACGUUAUGUACGCACUCCGUCCGUUGUUGUAUCGGAUUAUUCAGACGACAUUACUGCCUGUGGCAUUAGCAUGGAGGAAAUGGAAUACUUUCGCCUGCAAAGAGCCAAGGGACAACGUCGCUGUUCCCUGGAGGCAGGUGCCAGUGCUACUGGCAGUGCUGUCGUCGGUGGCAUGGGCAAAGAUGAAGGCCAAAUAUCGGAUGUCAGUGCGGCCAGCAGUUGUAGUAAUCUUUAUUAUUGCGGCUCCACCAUAUCGGCCUUAGAUGGCGGCGAAUGUAUUGUGAAUGGUGUGAGAGUGGCAUUAGCUGGUCGCAAAUCAUCGAGUACAACACAAAGUGGCAGCGGCAGCAGCAGUGCGGAGGAGGAGGAUGAUGAAGAGGAGGAUGACGACGAUGAUGAUGAUGAUGUCGAUGCCGAUGUUGAGGUGGAAUGCAUUAGGCACGGGGAACAGGAGCUGAAUCAAAGGCAGCUAAGCGAAUUGCUGGCAGCCACUCAACUAUGCGAUCAAGAAGGCUUCCAGCAAAAGCAGCAGCAGCAGCAGCAGCAACAACAACAGCAGCAGCAGCAACAACAACAACAACAGCAGAAGAAGAAGGUAGGCAGCACCAGCCAUGGAGAGGGAAAUUCUGAUGGCGUCACAAUUAACGGAAAUCUCAAUUUAUAGUAUAUAGUAUAGAUAAAAAACAAAAAACAAGAACCAAAAAAAAAAAAAAAACACAAAACCGAAAACA